CUAAUCAUGAACGUCAACAAAACCACUGCCUUCUUCUCAAACUUCAUUCUCUUCUCCAUUACCUUUUUCCUAUCUUUACCAUAUUUAAUCGUUGCUUCAUCGUCUGUUAAUGCUGUUUUUGCUUUCGGCGACUCGACACUUGAUGCCGGUAACAACAAUCAUAUAUCGACUAUCUUUCGUGCCGAUCACUCCCCAUAUGGCAAAGAUUUUCCUAACCAAGUCCCUACAGGGAGGUUUUGUAAUGGAAAGCUAUCAACAGAUUUCAUGGUAUCUUCAUUAGGUCUAAAAGAUCAAUUGCCAGCUUAUCUUGACCCCAACUUGACCGAUAAUGACUUACUAACCGGUGUUAGUUUUGCAUCGGCCGGUAUCGGAUUAGAUGAUAUCACAACAAAUUUGGCUAAUGCCAUUUCUAUGUCAAGGCAAUUGGAUUAUUUUGAUCAAGCAGUGACAGGGAUAAAGAAAUUGGUUGGUGAAGAGAAGGGUCAAUCCAUGGUGGAAAAUGCUAUUUUUGUUAUUAGUGCUGGGACGAAUGAUAUGUUGGAUAACUUUUAUGAGUUGCCUACAAGGAAACUUCAAUAUUCCCUUUCAGGGUACCAAGAUUUUCUGCUCCAAGCACUCGAAUCUGCCACUCAGAGGUUAUACAAUGCGGGAGGGCGUAGAUUUAUCUUUGUGGGUCUGCCCCCGAUUGGGUGCUUGCCUGUGCAAGUGACAAUUGGCAGUGUUUUGCGCAGCCAGCAAAUGUUCCAAAGGGUCUGUGUGGAGCAGCAGAACACUGACUCUAUUGCUUACAACAAGAAGCUUCAAGCCCUUUCAACAAGGUUGGAAACUAAUGAGCUCAAGGGUGCCAAAGUUGCUUAUUUGGACGUAUAUGAUUUGAUGAUGGACAUGAUCAAGAACCCAGCUACAUAUGGAUAUGAGCAAACGCUUGAAGGUUGCUGUGGAAUGGGGGUAGUGGAAAUGGGGCCUUUAUGCAAUGCUAUUGAUCAGACAUGCCCUGAUGCAUCUAAAUAUAUGUUCUGGGAUGCUGUUCAUCCAACACAAGCAACAUAUUGGGUUAUUUCCCAAGUAGCUAAACAAACUGUGUUCCCUCACCUCCUUGGUUAAAUCCAAUUUAGUGGAAAAUAGUUCCAUAUGGGCUUUACAAAGGUUUAAGAAAAAAAAAAGAUUUAUUGAUGAGAUUCUCCAUUGAUGCACGCCUUUCAUGAAAAUGAUUAUGUUUUCUUUUAUUGCACUAAUUAUCGAAUUGAAUUAUGAAUCCAAAGAAAAGGAGGCAAUGAAUAUUUUCUUUUUCUUUAGGAACUAGACUGAAUGGAUGGUUUAGUUGAUGCAAGUGAAGUGAGAUACGCAUUAAACUUAAGAAAUGCAAAGGAUGUCCCAAGCCUAUAUCAAGUUGCUGAAUAUG